ACUUGCCCGGUCUGCCCCUCGGGCUCCUGCAGGCUGAGGUGCUGUGAGAGUUCCCAGGAGUGUGGGGCGGUCUCUGGUCCUCUCGGAGCCAUCGUGUUCUCCAGCGUGAACACGUGCGGUCUGGAAAGGCCUCUCCAUGGCUUGGGCAUCAGUGCCCGGCUGAGCCAGUUUCUUUUCGGCUGACAGCCCCCGCCCAGAGGCUGAGUCGUCGCGGCGGCGGUGGAGAUCGCAGGUCGCUCAGGCCAUUGGUGGAAAGGUCGACUUGGGACUUGCCUAGCGCCUCGGUGUCGUCCUCAAGGAAAGAUGACAAACGGCUUGCAGAUGGGUCAAGGACUCUGGAGAGUGGCCAGAAACCAGCAUCUCCAACAGGAAGCCUACAGUGAGCCAGGCUACCUCAGCAGAGAGCAGAGCAGGAGAGUGACUUCAAGCAACAUUUCUCACUCCAGCCACCGGAAACAAGCCCAAGGAGGCAUCGAUAUAUAUCACCUUCUGAAGGCAAGGAAGUCUAAAGAGCAGGAAGGGUUCAUUAACUUGGAAAUGCUGCCUCCUGAACUAAGCUUCACCAUCUUGUCCUACCUAAAUGCAACUGACCUCUGCUUAGCUUCAUGUGUUUGGCAAGACCUUGCUAAUGAUGAACUUCUCUGGCAAGGGUUGUGUAAAUCCACUUGGGGUCACUGUUCUAUAUAUAAUAAGAACCCACCUUUAGGAUUUUCUUUUAGAAAAUUGUAUAUGCAGCUAGAUGAAGGAAGCCUCACCUUUAAUGCCAACCCAGAGGAGAGCCAUCUGGCAAACAAACAUGACUACUCACCUUUUGCUAAGGGAGUGAGCUACUUUAUGUCCAAGGGUAUCCUAGAUGAUUCGCCAAAGGAAAUAGCAAAAUUUAUCUUCUGUACAAGAACACUAAAUUGGAAAAAACUGAGAAUCUACCUUGAUGAAAGGAGAGAUGUCUUGGAUGACCUUGUAACCUUGCAUAAUUUUAGGAAUCAAUUCUUGCCAAAUGCAUUGAGAGAAUUUUUCCGUCAUAUUCAUGCUCCUGAAGAACGUGGGGAGUACCUUGAAACUCUUAUAACAAAGUUCUCACAUAGGUUCUGUGCUUGUAAUCCUGACCUAAUGCGAGAACUUGGCCUUAGUCCUGAUGCUGUCUAUGUACUGUGCUACUCUUUGAUUCUACUUUCCAUUGACCUCACUAGUCCUCACGUGAAGAACAAAAUGUCAAAAAGAGAAUUUAUUCGAAAUACCCGCCGCGCUGCUCAAAACAUUAGUGAAGAUUUUGUAGGACACCUUUAUGACAACAUCUACCUUAUCGGCCAUGUGGCUGCAUAAAAAAAGCACAAUUGUUGGGACUUGGCCCUUUUACUGCAGACUAAAGCGACCCAGGAGCGGACUUAGCAGCAGUGGGGUUGCGUCAGUGCUGGCCUCUCCAGCCGCUGUGCACAGUCAAGCUUGAGUGCACAGCCUCUUUUUGUUCCCUCUUUUCUAGGUUAGCGGUUUCAGAACUAACUAAUUUUGAUGAACUUUUCCUAAUUUCGCUCAUCAUGUUUGCACAAAACAGCCAUUGUAUCACAGAGCUGUUAGAGAACGUUAAACCGACACAUACUCUAUAAGAUGGGGUGUUUGUGCGCUAGAUUUGUCUGAAGACUAUCCAUGUCCAUCCUUUAAAAAAUACCAUGUAAUGUAUGCAUAUUUAACUAAAGAGAUUUAUAAUCGUAAUUAUUUUAUUGUAAAGAUUUUAACUAAAGGGUUUCCUUUUCUCUGGAACUGAGUUUGGAAAUUCAUUUGACUCUAAGUAUAUUGUUGGCUUUGUCAAAGUUGGGUCUGACCCUGGAAACCAAUACCAGCUUCCCAUUUCUUUGAACUUUGAAAAGAGUAUUGAUUUGUUACUAUAUUAAUAUACUAUGCAAAACUGGCCUUAUUUGUAUAACACAUAUCAUUUGAUUCAUUUUUAAAACUUCUGGGUUAAUAAAGUUUCAAUACAUCCUUUCAACAUUUAGAAUAUAAAAAAGUGUCAGAAUUUAAAAGUCACACUUCAUUAGAACUUGGGGAAGUCUUUACUUCCUUGUUUCUGAACUACUUGAUCUUGACUAUUUUCCUAAUCUCGGUCUAUCUUCAGAGUUAAUAAAAGAAUACUAUGUUGUGAAUCACACUA